AUGUGCUCCCGCAGUUCCUGCCACGACUACGAGUCCUCCUGCCACGGAUCCCGCUCCUCCUGCCUCAGAUCCUGGUUCUCCUGCCACAGGUCCCGCUCCUCCUGCCACGAGCCAGAGCCCUCCUGCCGCUACGUCCAGAGGCAGCCAGUGCAGAAAUGCACCUACGUGACGCCCUGCUGUCCCCCCGUGCAGCGCUACUGUCCCCCUGCUGUCCCCUGCUGUCCCCCCGUGCAGCGCUACUGCCCCCCUGCCGACCCCUGCUGUCCCCAGGUGCCCUACUGCCACCAGUACACCAAGAACAUCUGGAACCUUCCACCGGCGUGCCCCAAGUACUGA